AACGCGGGGAUGUAAUGGUUUGGAUUUGGGUAGAUGGGCAGUUUAUUUCCUGAUAGCGUUUUGCUAGCCAUGUUAUUGAUCUACUGUUAGCUAGAUGUUUUACUAGGUUUUGUGAAACCAUAGUCAGCUGUAACAUUAGACAUGGGGGAGCCCAAGAUGCACAAAUUUGGGUCCAUAGAAGAAGAGCUGAGUUUCUGGAAGGAGCAGUCAGACAAACACCAGCAAAGGGCUGAGGAGGCACAGGAGGAGUUGCAGGAGUUCCAGCAAAUGAGUAGGGACUAUGAGGCGGAGCUGGAGACUGAGCUGAAGCAGUGUGAAGCACGGAACAGAGAACUUCUGUCCAACAACAACCGUCUACGCAUGGAACUGGAGAACAUCCAGGAGAAGUAUGAGGCGCAGCACUCUGAAGCGUUUAGGCAGAUCUCAACGUUGGAGGGAGACCUGGAAGAGACCACAGCGGUCAAGGACCAACUCCAGAAGUACAUCAGAGAGCUGGAGCAGUCCAACGAUGACCUGGAGAGGGCCAAGAGGGCGACCAUCAUGUCCCUGGAGGACUUUGAGCAAAGGAUGAACCACGUGAUCGAGAGGAACGCCUUCCUGGAGAGUGAGCUGGACGAAAAGGAGAACCUUCUGGAGUCUGUCCAGAGACUAAAGGAUGAGGCCAGAGAUUUACGACAGGAGCUAGCCGUACAGCAGGUCCAGGAGCGACGCCCCCCCAGUAGCAUCUCCAAGGAGACAGACAGGACCGAAUCAUCUUCACGCUCCACCAUACCGACCACCCCCUCCAAACCACUUGGUACAUUCCCAGCAACCCCAGCGUCAAGCAUUCGUCGAGGGGAUAACCUAACAGGAACUCCCCUGACUACGUCGGCUCGCAUAUCUGCACUCAACAUCGUCGGGGAGCUCCUAAGAAAAGUCGGGAACCUGGAGUCCAAGUUGGCGUCUUGUCGAGACUUCGUAUACGACACGUCGCCGAACAGACCGUCUCUUCCGGCGGGUCCCGGUACCCCCUCUGCUAUAGAGGGGGGCACAGAGAUCCAGGCCUUCAGCAUGAGCCCUCCACACUACGACAGUUUGGUGAAGCGGUUAGAGUUUGGACCUGCGCCUCCUCGGGGAGUCUCCUCCCACUCCCAUGGCUCCCAGUCACCAUCAGGGGGAGUCAAGAUCCUGCUAUGAAACGAGGGCCUCCCCUGCCCCCCUCCCCCUCUACCUUCACACCCCUGCACCAGACUGUACUACCCAGCAGUAGGGCUUUAAACGGUGUCCCCCUCACACUACACUACCAGCUGAACAUCCUCACACCUCAGUCAAACUCUGAACUAUGUACCAGAAAGCCGCUCCCUCUCCCCACUUAUUUGCUGCAUGGACUCUGCUGAGAAGAACCGCCGCGUCACGAUGCUACUCUACAGCUUUUAUUUUUUUAAUGAAUAAUAUAAGGGAGGAUUCCUUGACCUCGCUGCAUGUCCUCCUGCUGAUCCCUUGACCUCUGAACCCAAGUCCUGCUACUACUACCCCAACCCUGCUACUAUGCCACUAACCCCCCCAUACCCCACACCCUGUCCUUGUACCCACGUUCUCUGAUCGGACGCCAUCUUGGAUUCUUGGUGUGCCAACGGUAGCAGAAGAGUGAAGUUGGUCGACAGUUGGUGGUGUUAGCAUUUAGCCAUUGCUGCCUUUUAUCAAUGUAUCAGUACCUCCACAUGUAAGUUUUGCCUAGUCAUAGUUUCUUCUGUAUGUCUAGCCCUCUGAUCAUCGCACAUGUCCGUUCGUAGCUAAGCCUCGUGCUUAUAGAGGCUAUAUAUGUAAAGUGUCGGAGAUGGUAAGUUAGACUAGCUUUACCUUUUGGAGAAUGGGUAUUAUUCCUCUCUUUGUGCUGCGUUAUUGUCAUCUGCUGUAAAAGCAAAGGAUAGUCUGACGUUUGUUAUGGGUACUACUACUUUACAGGUCAUUGGUUUAUUAAUGUACGAAUAUAGUUUAUUUUAAAGGUCUUCUACCUGGUAACUUGAAAAAGUAUUAUCUGUGAGAAAUGCACAGACUAGUCUAUACCCUGUCUUGCAUUUGCAGAAUGUUUUAUAGGGUAGGCAAGAUAUAGGAACAGAGAAAGUGCAUCGAGUUAACUUCUGAGAAUCUCAAAUGUAGCUUAGGUCUUUGGCAAAGACGUUUCUUUCUGUUACAGUUGAUAAAGUUGCCAUUUCUUCAGUGUUUUUAAGUUUGUUUAGAUUUCUUCUCUCCGUUUGUAUAUGUUCUUAGUUUUUUAUGAGUUGGAGAGUUAGGAGGUACCACUGCACUGCUGAAUGUAUAGACUCUAUACUAUAGAAUCUAUAUUAUAGAUGUUUCUAAUAGAAAGAGGCCUAAAGACAGCCUUGGUUCAGUUUGAGCAGUUCAGUCAACCCAGACUUCCUGUCAAAAGACUGAUCUUAUAUCAGAUCAGGGAACUAUCAAAGAUGACAAAAUAGCAAUAAUAGAUCUUAAUAGAUUUUACAGAAUAGAGUUCGAUUUUACUGAAUAGAGUUAAGAGAUAAAGCACAGUUCAUACUAUAUUUCCGAAACUAUUAUGGAUGAUGAUGAUGAUGAUGCCUUGGUUACACUGUUAAUGGUGGACAUCUGAAUUCUGGUGGAUUUGUGACUUCUUGGAAUUCAUUACGUACUGUUUAAAAGAUAAUGUUUUAGCCUUAUAUGUCUUUCCAAUGAGGAGCAAUAGUCUGAUAUCAAGGAUGGAUAUGACCGUAGGGCAUGUUACUACUCAACAACAGAGAGAACGCUUGUACUUAGUAACAAUGUGUUUAUAUCAUUGGUUUAUAUUGGCUCCAUCCAUAUGUGCUUUAUCCAAUUCCCCUAUCAUGUUCGUGAUAAAGGAGUUGGCUAGAACACAUACAGAUUUGAGACCAGGAUAAUAUGUAUACAAAACAACUCUGAUGUUACAGCAGCAGGUCUUAUGGAAGUAUUCUGCUGUUGUGUAUGAACUAGGGACCAGGAAGUACCAUUUGUAGAGCUUCUCUUACAACUGUACAUGUAACCGUUGGCAACCGUUUGUGGGUGUGUUACUAACAUACUAACUUCUGUCUGGACUUACAUUGAAAUGUAUGCACCUGAGGUGCUCUACCUUUUGACCUGUUGGUUUGCAAUCCUUUUUGUAUCAAAAUGAACACAUAAAAUGAACAUUCUAAACAUG